UUUAGUUGGUUUACUAGAAGUUAUUACUCUGCAGUAAAAUAACGCGCGCUUUCCGAAAAGGGCCCGAAUGUUUCGGCCAUGGUUUCAGCGCACUCCUUCAUUUCCCAACUGAACGGUGGGCUUAACCAUGAGUUUCGUGCAAGUUCACUCAGAUGUUAUAAAACUUGUCUUCGAAAACCUUGGCAAGGAGUUCCGUGACAAAAAGACAGUUUCCACUAAAACGCUGAAUGAGCUGGACCACAUCUUUAGAGCUCCCCUCCAGCCGGCGAUGAGACUCGUUGACAGGCGCCGUGUCAAGCGCCUAACAUGCCCUCGAGGCCGGGUGGUCUACCAAGUGUCCGGCGAAGCGAGGGCGUUCUAUACCUGCCUGCCAAGCAGCAACUUCUGCGCCUGCUAUUCGUAUCUGCACCAAGUACUACGAAGACAAGAGAUACCAAUGGUAAGCAAUUAUUUAGAGUAUACUUCAUUUCUCCAGAGCUUGUAUCACAAAUGUUGUGUGUAAGCACGUACUCGCAUCAAGACUGGCAGAAGCACUUGGAACCUGUGAAGAUGUCCGCUGCACAGACGACACAAUGGCAUUCUCGUUGCAAAGCCUCAGUUAAUAUGGCUGCGCACAGGCUGCUGUUAUCAGCUAAGUCUAAGACUAAAUUGUCAACAUAGGUUUCACGACUGU